AUGGCUACGAGAAACCCACAUUAUCUCGGGGGAGUCCUCCUGUUGGCCGGCUUCGCCGCUGCCCAGGGACAAGGAGACGUCGACCCCUUUGCGCCCGUCUACGCAAGCUGCCCCUCAGGACUGGCGGUCCGGUCCGCUUCCGAGGGGCUUUCACGACCGGAAGCAUCUUGGAGAGUUAACCGCGGUGAAAAGGUCAUCCCCGCGCUCAGCUCUUACCUCACACUUGCAAAUAUCUCGGGGUUCGAUGUUCAGGGCUACAUCCAACGGCUCAAUACCUCCAGUUACCCCGUCGUCGGUCUGUCCGUCUCCGGAGGCGGCACGCAGUCUGGUGUUGGAGGUCUCGGCAUAUGGCAGGCUUUUGAUGCUCGCAACCCGGCUGCUGUUGCCGCUCGUACGGGGGGUCUCACGCAGGUUCUAUCAUACAUCACCGGUCUGAGUGGCGGAGGUGCCUUGACCGUGAGCACACUAGCUGCCAACGAUUUCAUCACUAUAAGUGCCCUGAGAAAACAGAUCAAUUUCACUGUGGAUUAUACCCUGGGUCCCGACGGCAACAUCACCUCAUAUUUGACAGACAUCUUUGAGAAUGUCGGUGCAAAAGCAGAGACGGAACUCCCUGUCUCCGUCGCAGAUGCCUUUGGUCAGUUCUGGGCAACGUAUCUGCCAGAGAACCGCACAUAUGGCAACUACUCUGAUCUCGCCCAAUCCGGAACCGUCUUCUCUUCAGGCGAAGCCCCGAUGCCCAUUAUUGCUCUCUCCGAAGUCAUCCCUGGACAGUCGCCCACGAUCGGCGGCAUCAUGUGGCCCGGAAGAAACAACACCAACGGGUUCAAUUUGACCUCCUACGAGGUGACUCCCUUCGAGUUUGGAAGCUGGCGAGGUGGACGAAUCCAGGCCUUCAUGCCGACAAUGUACCUCGGAACCUCCAUGUCCAACGGCACAGCUCAGAACAGCAGCGAGUGCGUUCAAGGAUUCGACAAGUUCACCUUCAUUCAAGGGUCCACGGCAGACGCUUUCGACGCGUGGUUCAUCGACGACUGGUACGAUACACCAAUCUUUGCCAAGCGGGCGCUCAAAACGGGCCCGCCAAACACCACAGUCAUCGUGCCUCCCCCUCAAUUCGAGGACGACGGGCGCGUGAUCCUCGUCAACCAGACCGCCGAGUCCUUCAACCAGACAUUCAACGAGUCUCUGUGGGCCACCUACCCGAAUCCCUUUGAGAACUACAACGCAGCCAUGCAGGGUAUCGACGAGCUCCUCCUCGUCGACGGCAGCCUCGGCGGGGAGACGAACCCCAUCCGGCCUCUCAUCAUCCCCGAGCGCCAGGUCGACUUCGUCAUCGUCUACGAGGCCUCCUCCGAUGCGCAGUAUAAUUGGGUUAACGGCACAAACCUCGUCAACACGGCGCAGUCGGCAGCCCAGGGCAACAUUCCAUUCCCGAAGAUCCCCGACGUCGCGACGCUGGUGACCCAGAACCUUACCAAGCAGCCCACCUUCUUCGGCUGCGACGCCGCCAAGUCGCCGCCUACGCCGCUGGUGCUCUACCUGCCCAACUCGCCGUGGUCCGGCUACAGCAACUUCUCCUUUUUCAAGUCCUCCUUCACGGACAACGAGUUCGACCUCACCGUCGACAACGCCUUCAACCUUGCGACCUACGGCAACGGUACCGUUGAUGCAGCGUGGCCCGCUUGCCUAGCCUGCGCGACGAUCCGCGGAAGUCUGAUCAGGGCCGGUAUCGACCUGCCGGAUCAGUGUCAGGAGUGCUUCCGCCGCCAUUGUUGGAACGGAGAGGUUACCACUCGUACGAUCACGGCGGACGACCUCGAUCCUAAGCUGAGACUCAACUCGAGUCUGUCGUUUGCGGAGUGGAAUCAAACGUAUUGGAGCAGUCAAACGAACACUGGCGGGGCUAGCGGUGGAGGAAGUGGUAGGAGCAGUAGCAGCGGCACCGGAGGUACUGGCGGCAGUGGUGCUGGUGGCGGAGGAACCUCUUCCACGCCCGCAGCCUCGGCAUCGGCCACGACGAGCCCGUCCGGUGCAUCGAGUUCAGCCGAACUUGCACGUGUGGCGGCUGCUGUGACUGUGGCUUCUCUUGUUGCCCUGAUAGCAUUGCUAUGA